AUGGGUCUUAGGAAGAACCCUCGCUUUCUCAAAGGAAUGGCCAAGAUGGUCGAACAGGCCAAGUCUCCCAAAAUGUUUCGCUUUAGAAUCGACGAGGAGGGGUUGGAAUAUUACGUUACCAACAAGUGGCCGACGUCGCCGAAACCCCCACCCGAACGCGAAUACUUCCAGAUCAACGACCUUUUGCUUGAUCUUGACGAUGUCACUAGCCAGCAUGUUCGGCCGGUUACAGAAGAGGAUGAUGCACAGGCGCUUAGAGUGUGGUCCCGAAAUCCGAAGAAGAAGGACAUCCGAAGCGAUCUUUACCAGCUACAGCAGACGUUGUAUGAGACGCGGUCAAAAACAUUUGAAGCAUACUCGAACCCUUUGAGUUCCUGGCGACUCGGGAUCUACGAUGUCUUUUCCGCGGCUCUCCAAGCUCCCCCACCAAAUGCUCCACUGAUGGUCCCGCAAGGAUCCAUUCAAUCUGCGACUACCGAGACACGACCCAGCCUGCUCCACCAACUAUGUUUGAAGAACGGCAUUGAAGAACAAGCAUUGAAGGACGAUUCAGUGCUUCUAGAGCGAUUUCAGUCACGAAUAAAUACGUUCAGAUCCGACCAAAUGGCUCAGGUUUCUGCAACUCAGCUCUCAAAGGCGUUAGGAAGCCAGGACUCGCUCGAAGGCCUUCGCAGGCUGAUAUCACAAUACUUAUCGCGUGACCCUAGUGGCAUCGCUUUCCAUCCGACACCUAACACUCAACAAGGAUCACAACCAGAUCUCUCUUUGACUAUCCGGGAUUCGUGCGAGCGUUUUUGGCAACAAAACGUUCAAGAGAGCCCACGUGACCUCUUAACUUUUCUAGGUAAUCUUAGUGAAAGAUUAUCGGCGAGGGAAGAGCAUAUGGGCGGGGCCUUGUGUGGCCUUGGACUGAAGCUCUCAGCGGAAGUGUACAAUCCCGUGAUUUCCACUAAAUACUUCAAUAUGGGCUCUGAGAUCGAUCACUGGAGAUCCAACGAUCAAGGUCUAACAGACAUCCUUUACCUAUUGGGGACUUACUUGCGCCAUUUCAUCUCAAAUCCUGAAUCUCACGGUCUAAAUGGGAAAAGCCGGACAAGUCUUUUGGAGCUACUAAUUGGCUCAGAAUACACAGCAACUCAGACUAUUCGAUCGGUAAUCCUCGAAUAUCUGCAGGAUAAACAUCGAACGGAUAUGUUGCCAACAGCUUCAAACGCAUAUGCAGCCUACGUAGUCCUGCUCGGUCACUUGGGAGCGGCCGCUGCGCUCAAGCACGAAAUGCAGUUAUGUGGCGCUGGAGAAAUUGAAGGAUUAAGAGGCAAUAUGGACUUGGGAGAUUCAGAACACCAGCCAGAUGCGGUCGUUGCUGAGGCGUUCCAGGCUGCAGUAGACCUCUUGGCUGUGCCUCCAAACCAAGCUGCAGAUUCGGCGAGUCUCAAUGUCGCUACUGGAUAA